AUGGAUGACAAUAAUACUGAAAAAGGUUCAUCAUCACAUCCGUUUUUUGUUCGAGGUGGAUUUCCAUUUGUAUUUAUUCCAGCAACAUCAUCAACAUCUUUCAAUUUUGACGAUGAUCAUACUCAACAUUUACCUGAUGAACAUCAAACUAAUCAACAAUUUAUAUUUGAUGAUGAGAAAAAUGAAACAACAGAAACUAUUGAUAAUAAAGAAGAAAAUGUUGAUCCCAAUCAAGAAAAAGAUGAUCUUCGUAUUAGUCAACCAAAAUAUAGUGAAUUAUUAAAACAUCUUGAUUUUAGUCAUACUAGAAUGGUUGAUGUAACAAAUCUUUUAUCUGGUGAAAAUGGUGAUAAUUUAAUAGAAGAUGAAAAUAAUAAUGAAAAAGAAAAAGAAAAAAUUGAUGGAAAAUAUGAAAGUUCAUCAUCAAAAAGUUCAUAUCAACCAACAGAUGAAUCAAGUGAUGAAGAAUCUUCAAUUAAUAUUGAUGAUAAAAAAGAAGAAAAUGAAAAUUUUAAAAAAGCUUCUUCACAUAUUCAAGAUGAAUUAAAUAAUUUAGCAAAUAUUAUUGAACAAGCAACAGAUAUAUCAAAUAAAAAAAAUUCUUAUCAUAUUAAUGAUCAAGAAAAUGUUUUUAAUGAUAAAGAUAAAAAACAACAAUUUUUUGAAGAAGAUGAUGAUACAAGUAAACAAGCUACACAAAAUUAUGAUCUUAAUGAUUAUGAAAAAGAGGUAACAUCAUCAUCACCAAAAUCAAAUAAAAAUGCUCGUUUAACAAGUCAAAAUUCUACUAGUAGUCAAGAUGAUAAUUUAUCAUCAAUACCACGUUUAAAUCAAAAUUUAAAUAAUCAUCAACAAGUUGAAGAUCAAUCCGAUGAACAUAUUAUUAAUUGGAAUAAUUUAUUUAAUCGCAAAAAUCAAUCCGAAGAAAAAACAUUUUUAUUUUCUCAAUCAAAUAAUAAAUAUUCUAAAACACCAGAUAAACAACAAGAACAAACAUCUUUAUUUAAUAAAAAUAAAUCUAAAGAAUAUUAUAAUUUAUCAUCAUCAUCAGAUAAAGAUUCAAUAAGUGAACAUAUUUUUAAUCAAUUUAAAGAAAAAGAAAAACAAAAUUUAAUAUCUGAACAAGAUCAAUCAAUUGAUCAAAAUUUUAAUAAUAAACAUAUUAAUGUAAAACAAGUUACUAAUAAUGAAGAACAACCAUAUAGAAAAGCAAGUGAUAUAUUACUUGAACGUUUAUCAAGUCAAAAACUAGAUAAAACAAAUCAAAAUCAAAAUAAAUCACAACAUCAAACAUCAACAUCUGAUCAUAUUCAAUCAAUGACAAAUGUGGAUACAUGGUUAUCUAUGCUUGAAAAACUUGAAUUUGAACAUAAACAACGUUUAGAAAAACAACAAAAACAAUAUGAAGAUUAUAUGAAAAAUCUUGAAGAAAAUAUGAAACGACGUUUUGAUGAAUAUUUAUCAACAACGAAUAGUCAACAAGAAUCAAAAUCAAUCGAUGAACAUAAUACAGAUGAUUCAUUAACAACUGAUUCAAAUUCUAGAAGAUAUAGAACUAAUUCAAAUACAAAUCAAUAUCGACCAUUGGCUACAGAUCAAACUACUCAUCAUUAUUAUAGAAAUAAUUCAACUAAUAAUUUAUUUAAAUCAGAUAAACAACAACAACAACCUAUUCAAACAAAUCUAUCAAGAUCACAAUCAAGAGAAGAUAUUUCAAAUUUAAGAAAUGAACUGUCAGCUAAACAUGCUAAACAUAUAUCCGAUUUAAAAUCUUAUUAUGAACAUGAAAUUGAUGAACUUAAAAAUCAAUUAAAUAUAUCAAGAAAAAGUCAACCAAGUAGUACAACAACUCGUCAAUCAAUUGAAACAAUUGAACGAAUUAAUAAUGAAAAUAUUCGUUUACAUGAUGAUAUCAAACGAUUACGUCAUUCAUUAAAAAUAAAUGAAGAAGAAAAUAAUUCUCUUCAACAACAAUUAGAAGAAAUUCGUAAUCAAAUGAAUAAUAAAGAUGUUGAAAUAAAAAAUUUUCAUAAAAAAUUAAAUGAACUUGAACAACAAUUAAAUGAAGCACAUCAUAAUAAACAAAAACAAGAUGAAAAAUUUGUUAAUUUUGAUAGACAAAUAUUAUUCUAUCGAGACGAAAAUGAAAAAUUGACACGUGAACUUAAUUUAUAUAAAGAACGUCUUGCUCGUCUUGAAGAACUUUAUCGUCAAUUAGAAAAUCAACAUAAUAAAUAUCGUCAACAAACAUUUACAAAUGAUAAUAAUAAUAAUAAUAAUCAACGUAUAAAUCCUGAUUACAAUUAUAAUUCAGCUAUGUCUUUAAAUAUUCCAACAUCAAGAGAAUAUGGACAUUUUACAUUAAUUAAAUCAAGAUAUUCAUCAUCAACAAUGAACACAACAAAUGAUAAUAAUACUCAUUCAAUUCCAUUUACAUCUGACGGUUCACAAAAUUUAUCUAAUCAAAAUAAUUCUCCUCGAAGUUUAAAUAAGAUGAAUGAUUAUAUUAAUGAAAAAAAUUGUUCAUCACAAUUCUAUGCUCCACCAUCAAGACCUCUUUAUUCUCCAAUACAAGUUUCAUCAAAUCGUAAUCGUAUUGAUCAAAUGCCAGUUCGAGAUUUCAAUGAUAAUAAAAUAAAACAAAGUGAAGAAUUAGAAGCUAAAUUUGAUGAUUUAUUAAAUAAAAAACGUGAUUUGGAAUCUCGUAUAAAUCGUAUUCCAAUUCGAGGUUUAACAACAGCUGAUAAACAAUUACUUGGUUUACUUGAACGAGAAAUCGAACGUGUUGAACAACAAAUAUCAAGUGUUAAACUUGAACUUAGAAAAAUGAAUAUUUUACGAACAUAUUAA